AUGCUCCUCGACUCGAUUCAGCAGUUGGAACCCAAGAAGACCUUGACAACGAUGGAUGCCCUUCAACCUCUUCUGCUAGCAGAGGCCCUUACGGACAGGGGGUCAUACUCAAGUUAUAUUUACACCAGAGAGCUGAAAGAGGCAGCUGCAGAUCUGAAGAAGAGAGAAGACAACACUGUAAGACUCGCAGACAAGACAGCCUCGUUCAUGCUCAUCAGCAACUCGGAAUACUUCGAGAAACUCAAUGCCAUCUUCCCUGAUGUCUCCAAGUUCGACAGGCUCACGAGGAACCCGAUGGAAGACAUUAAACGCGACGCCAACCGGGUCAUCACGGCCGUGAAUGCACCUACGAAUGCCACACACCUGCCGCCCAUCCAAGGUGACUACAGCCUCAGCUACCUAUACGGGAACGUGAAGACCCACAAGGAAGGCAAUCCCCUAUGCCCGAUCAUCAGCCAAACGCCCGCCCUGACUUACUACUUCACCAAAUGCCUUGAUAAAAUUCUUACUCCAUAUAUCCCCUCCAGGUACUGCCUCACCUCAUCGGUGGAAUUUUUGGAGAAGAUCUGCGACUCCUCCAGUGCAGGAACCAUGGCGUCCUUAGAUGUUGAGUACCUAUUCACCAAUGUCCCAGUCGACGAGACAAUAGGGAUCAUCAUGGAGCAGAUAUAUAUGAGACCCCCGAACAUCCCAGAAGACUCAUUAAAAACCCUGCUGGAUAUCUGUACAAAGAGAGCCCCUUUCACCACUCACCGAGGACAGAGGCACCGCCAAAAGGACGGCGUAGCGAUGGGGUCCCACUUAGGAGUCCUCUUCGCUAACUUCUGCCGACUGGCAAUUUGUCUCAACACAGAUGUACCGCAAAUACGAAAGCUAUAUCGAUGA